CCAGCACAGCCCUGCCUCGCGCGGUGGCUCGCAGCCUGCCUGCUGCUCAGGAGGAUUUGUGCUGCGUGGCUGGGUUGGGUGUUAUUUUCCUCCCCCCUCCAUCUUCCCCUGCCUUCCCUUUCCUCCCCCUUCCCUUGGCCGGCAGGGACACGGCUGGGUCGGAUCCGGAGCCCUCUGAAGCCAACCCAGGACUCUCCGUGGCAAGGGACCCUCGGCAAAUCCCCUCUCCGGAGGGGAAGCGCGCUCCGGAGCAAAAUUCAUCACUGGACGUAAUAUGGAGGGAGGGCCCCGCGUGUUCCCGCUCCCCAGCAAGGGGACUGACACCAACCUUGAGGCGCUGGCGAGGAGAGGAAAACCAGCCCGUCACGCGUCUGGAAAUACGGCGGAGGGUAAGGAGGGACCAGCCUCCGCACCAAAAUCCUGCUGCGGACGCGCCGGCAGAGCCGCAAGGACGGGCAAAACGAGCCGGGCCGGGGGGCACCGACGGGCACAACUGCGGCCGUGGGGCAGCCGUGGGGCAGCCGUGGGGUGGCCACUCAGCACCCGGGCAGCGCGGUGCCGGGGUGAAGCGACAGCCUGGCUGCCUCUCGGCACGCUCCCGUUCUCCUUCUUUACUCAUUUGCUGCCUGACAGGUCGGGAUCCUUCUUCCUUCCUCCCUUCCUUCCUCCCUCUCCUCCCACUCUCAGCCUGACUCACUUCAAUUCCACUAAUAAUUACCCAUUCCAAUCAUUAGCGCGACCACUAAUAUCAACCCCCCCCCCUCCCUCUCCCAUGCCCCGCUUUGCCCCCUGCCUCAGUUUCCCCUUGAAGCAAGACAGAAACCGCAUCCCUGCAAGCAAAGAGAGGGGGGGGGAGCAGAGCAAUCGGAGCGAUGCUGGCAAUCACUGCCGGUGAUGAACCGCUGCUCUGCGCUCUCCGGACGCAGCCCAUCGGCCGUGCCGCCCGAGGCCGACGCUGCCUAAUUACUUGCGAUAUUUUGUGAGCUGCUUUUAUGCAAAUCGCCGGUGAGAGUCUCCCCCGGCGGAGCAGCCUUCCAACCGCUCACUCAUUGGCGCAGCCGCCGGACAAGCUGUUUUGCUGAAACUAUAUAAACGAGAUGCUGGUUUGUUACUGGGAGGAAAGCGGGUGCCGGCCCCCCCGAGGUGCCGGCGGGCCCCCCCCUUCGCUGGGCGAGGAAAGCGGGGUGCCCCACAGCAUCCUCCUGGGUGAUGCUGAGGAUGCGGCCGGCUGCAGUCCCGGCCCCGUGGGGUUCGUGCUGCUUGCGACAAAAAUAAAAGGAAAUAAAAGCUCUCCCAAGGAUGGGAGAGUGAAUGGAUCCUUCAUCCCGGUCCCGGAUCCCGCUCCGCACGCGGUUGCCCGAGGAUGCUGCAAGCGGGUGCAGCUGAACGUAGAGGCUGCGCUCCCUGGGCAACGUGGCGGGGAUGGCUCAUGGUCCCCACCUUGUGCCGGCCCACGGGCACGUGCUGAGCCCCCCGGCCCCACAAAACCACAGCGAACCCGGUGGCAGGACCUGGUGCCCACCCAGCACCGCAGCUCAGAGCCGGGAAAAACCAGGAAACCCAGCUGGGAUGGGACCAGGACCGCUUUCCAGCUGUGCCUCAGUUUCCCCACCUCUGGGUGGUCUGGGUUUGUGCACGGUGCUGGUGCUCCUGUCCCCAGCCAGCACUGCCAGGCUGGGAAAUGCCAGACUGGGAGGAUGGGGACAGAGCAGGCUCAUGUCCCAGCCCUGUGCCAGGGUCCCGGACCUCCUCCCUCGGUGGGUGCCUCCAUCCCCAGCUGGGGAGACCCCAGGACAUUCCCAGCUCCCCUAAACGUGCCACUGGGUCCGUCCCCUCUGGCAUUGGCAGGUCAGGCUCUGCCCUUCCCACAGCCGAUUUUUCUACCGGGAAAACUUUCAGCAAAUUCAUGGUGGGGCGACCAAAACCAGGAGGCACUAGGCUGCUGUGGGAUGGGCACUGGUGGGCAAAGGACGGACCCUGGCACUGGGCUGUGCCUCGUCCCCCACCCACGCUCCCAGUUCCCUCUCUGCAAGGUGACGGGGCUUUGCCACCAGUGCCCCAGUGUCCCCACCAUGUCCCCUACCCGCCAGCAGGCGCACGGAGACAUCCAUACCCAUGUUAUUAAACAUCACCCGUGGUCCCUGUCCCCCUGAGAGCCGGGACCCACAGUUACAGGGGGCAUCACCCUGUCCCCUCUUUGCCUUCCCACGGUUUGCUUUCGCGCCGCCUCCUGCCUUUGCUUUUGGGGCUCCGCCGGGUCGGAUCACACCGCCCAAGCCUCAGGCUCCCCACCGCCGGCAUGGCAAAGGUUUCCCCCCCUCAACAGCCCCCCCCACCCCGGGUCACGGGUGCCCCGCGGAUGCCGCACUUCGGCGUCUGCCUGCAGACAGGUCUGUCCGCCGGAGAUGAAUUCGGCUGCACCACUGCCAGGCUCUGCCCUCUAAGUCAUCUCCCGCCAGCAGCAGACAGCUCGGUAAUGAAGCGUAAUGCUCCGACACUCCCCUGAGUGACAGUGGCCAGCACCGGCUGGUCCCGGCGGCUCGGCAUGGCCUCUUCUGCCUGCCAGGGAGGGGGAAAGAGAGGGGGAAAAAUGAGCAUCC